CCAAUCAAACGGAGGUAGUGUAUCUCAAUAGAAAUGUGCCAAACACUACACACGUCCAGGAGCCUGAAGCUAUGAAGCUUGUCGCCACUUUUCUUAUCCUUAUCUGCGUGAAGUACAUUGAUGGACGCACCUGGUUCAAAGACGCAAAGAAAGAAAAUGGUUCAAUAAAAGAGCUGCGAAAAGCGUGCCUAAAAGCACCUUUUGUUGGUGUCUGUCACCCACUAAACGAGGCCUGGUAUUACGAAAAGAAGGACAACUGCUGUAAAAUGCUCCAGCGGGGCACCUGCGCCGGUGGCAACAACCUCUUCCCGACAAUGAAAAGAUGCAUGAAAUCAUGCAUACCCUUGACUCCAAAUAAUUCGCCAAUAUGCCUUCAACGACCAGUGAUCGGCAGCUGCGCGCCAUUAAUUGUGUCAUGGUUUUAUGAUCAACUAAGCGACAACUGCAAAAUGUUCAAUCACACCAUUUGCGGUGGAGGCGGCAACGUGUUCCUGACUGAAAUGAAGUGCCAGGCAAUUUGCAGAUUGAACAAAAAACCCAAGGCUGUCUGCAGCUUGAAACCAAGCCCUGGAAGGUGCUUCCUUGCUAAUAAGAGGUGGUACUUCAGCGAAAUUGAUAAUACUUGCCGAGAAUUCCCUAAAAAACGCUGUGGAAGUAACGACAACGCUUUCUCAACGCAAAAGAAGUGCUUGGAAAGAUGCAGUUACAAUAAAGCUACUUGUGUGAACUGCGAGCAAACAAAAGGAAAUGAGCUGCCUGCUGUGAAGACGCCUAGGAAGCAAGACCAAAGCGCCAUUAACAAUGACAUUCCACUCUAUAGGACACAUACUCUUUCCUAAUCCAGCAUACACUAGAAAAGGUUGUCUGGGCCACUUAAUAGAUUUCCAGCCAUCCCUACACAUUUUACUAGAAGUAAAGUACCAGCAUUUUCCUG